AUUUGCAUUUCAUUUGCAGGUCUCAGUAGUUGCCUCAGAACAUGCUUUUGGUUCCUAGGACGUGAGUCAUUAUCACACACUAGCGGGAUUGUUACUUUUCUCAGCUAGUGGAUGGUACAAACUGCUGACAGCAAACUGUUGAAUUCACAGUUCGGCACAAACAACUCACUCGACAAAGGAAGCUUUACUUCCUACUGAGCACAGAGGGGUCAUCAAUAAAGUCACUCAUCUUUUUUUUUUAUUUCUAUGGCUGCAUCACAGAUAUUCAUGUCAGGGCUUUGGUUAACACAUCCUGUCCUCUGCGGAGUGGACUGACCCAGCAGGUGCUUCCAGAUGAGAGAUUAACAGCCUGGCGACGACUACAGGUUCUGCUGCGGGCCGGGCAGCACCUCUACAUGAUCACAUGACUCUUGACAUGGAUACGGUCCUGUCAGACUUUGUUCGGUCCACAGGGGCAGAACCUGGUCUGGCAAGAGACCUGCUGGAAGGUAAAAACUGGGACUUGAGUGCUGCCUUGAAUGACUAUGAGCAGCUGCAGCAAGUCCACACUGCCAACCUCCCCCAGGUCUUCAACGAGGGACGGUACUACAAACAGCAGGAGCGGGACCAACCCCAGCCACUGAACAAGAUCGAGCGGACUGGUCUUCAGAGGCAGGAUGACAUUGCUCAAGAAAAGCGUCUCUCCCGAGGAAUCUCUCACGCGAGCUCAGCCAUAGUCUCCCUGGCUCGCUCCCACGUUGUGAACGAGUGCAGCAGCGAGCAGUUCCCUCUGGAGAUGCCAAUUUACACGUUCCAGCUACCUGACCUCAGCGUGUACAGUGAAGACUUCAGGAGCUUUAUUGAGCGGGACUUGAUAGAACAGUCAACCAUGGUGGCGUUAGAACAAGCAGGUCGUCUGAACUGGUGGGCCACCAUGUGUACCAGUUGCAAGCGUCUUCUUCCACUGGCCACGACUGGGGAUGGAAACUGUCUCUUACAUGCAGCCUCUUUAGGAAUGUGGGGUUUCCAUGACAGGGACUUGGUGUUGAGGAAAUCCCUCUAUGCAAUGAUGAAGAGUGGUGCUGAGCGGGAGGCCUUGAAGAGACGGUGGAGGUGGCAACAGACGCAGCAAAACAAGGAGUCUGGUUUAGUUUACACAGAAGACGAGUGGGAGAAGGAGUGGAGCGAGCUGCUCAAACUGGCUUCCAGUGAACCUCGCACACACUUCAGCAAGAAUGGAGGCAGCGGUGGAGGCGUUGACAGUUCGGAGGACCCAGUGUAUGAAAGCCUGGAAGAGUUCCAUGUUUUUGUGUUGGCUCACGUGCUGCAACGGCCAAUCAUAGUGGUGGCAGACACCAUGCUCAGAGACUCUGGGGGAGAAGCAUUUGCACCAAUUCCAUUUGGAGGCAUCUAUUUACCACUGGAAGUCCCACCUAACCGGUGCCAUUGCUCCCCGCUUGUCCUGGCCUACGACCAGGCCCACUUCUCUGCACUGGUAUCCAUGGAGCAGAAGGACCAGCAACGAGAACAAGCGGUCAUUCCUCUGACUGACUCUGAACACAAGCUGCUGCCUCUGCACUUUGCUGUUGAUCCUGGGAAGGACUGGGAGUGGGGGAAGGAUGACAAUGACAAUACCAAACUGGCCAAUCUUAUCCUGUCUUUGGAAGCAAAGCUUAACCUGCUACACAACUACAUGAAUGUAACAUGGAUCCGCAUUCCAUCUGAAACAAGGGCUCCUCUGGCUCAGCCAGAGUCUCCCACAGCUUCAGCAGGUGAGGAUGUCCAGUCGCUGGCUGACUCCAUGGACUCAGACCGAGAAUCUGUCUGCAGCAACUCCAACGUCAACAACGGCAAGCCCAGCAAAGAGAAGGAGAAGGACAAGCAGAGGAAGGAGAAAGACAAGAACCGGACCGACUCUGUAGCCAACAAACUUGGAAGUCUUAGCAAAACUCUGGGGAUCAAGCUGAAGAAGAACAUGGGAGGGCUGGGGGGCCUGGUUCAUGGAAAAAUCAACAAAUCCAACUUGAGUAACAGCCGGAACGGGGAGAACGGUGAGAAGAACAAGAAGAAGGAAUUAAAAUCCCGCAAAGGGAGCAAAGAGGAAUCCGGGCAGUCCUCCAGCACCUCCCCGUCGGAAAAGACUACCAGCCCAUCCCCCACUGAUAGGGCAUCGGGAACGUCUCCUGUGGAGAAGCGCAACAGCUCAGCGAAACCCCCUGGUGAGAAACAGUCAGACCAAUGGAAGUAUAGCACCGACGUGAAGCUGAGUCUGAACAUCCUCAGAGCGGCCAUGCAAGGGGAACGAAAGUUCAUCUUCGCAGGUCUCCUACUGACCAGCCAUCGACACCAGUUCCAUGAGGAGAUGAUUAGCUUUUACCUAACCAACGCCCAGGAACGAUUCAGUGCAGAGCAGGAGCAGAAGAGGAAGGAGUCUGAAAAGAAGCCAAUUGUCAGUGGGACAGCUGCUAAGAGACCAGAGCAGGAAAUGUUCCAGAAAGAAAAGGCAGAAAGCUCACCGCGAGAGGGCUCCUCUCCAGUCUUGCACCAAAGCCAUACUUCGCAGCUGGUUUUGAAACUGCAGGAUCGGCACAGUCCCACGCCGGGUCCUUUCUCCUCACCUAGCAAUGGUGCUAAGAAAUCUAGGCCCAUCCCAGUGUCUGCCCACUAUAGCCAUACCCCACCUAUCCAGAGGCAAAGCGUCAUUCAUCUUCGCGAUGUUAACUUGCAGUCCCCAAACUUCCAGGACAACACAUACAAGCCCAAAGUUGGCACCCUAAAGACGUGUGCCACAUACCCCCAGCAGAACCGCUCACUGUCCUCUCAGAGCUACAGCCCGGCUCGCUUGUCAGGGAUCCGUACAGUGAACACGGUAGAGUCUCUGUCCUACUCCAUGCCUGGGGAUCACAAGUCCCACACUUACACCAACGGCUUCAAUGCCAACGACGUUCGCGACUGUUUGGAAUAUGCAGACGGGGAUUCUCCUCAGGCGUGGUUAAACCAUGACAGAACCAAAGGUCGCAGCACAGUGGGCCCACCCUACUUGAUCCAUCAAAACCGGUGCAAGAAGGAGAACUGUUCCUUUUACGGUCGCUCCGAGACUGACAACUUCUGUUCGUACUGCUACAAAGAGGAGACAAAACAUAGAGAAAGGGAAGGCAAGAACCACAGGCUUGGAUAGUCCAUAAUGCCACACCAGCCCACGUUAUCCGCUGGCUGAAGCAGCUUCAACAGGAGUCCUCUUUUGUCCUGAAGCACUGAAGGAUAGAAUCGUCUCCUCAGCACUUUGUGAAUAAUCUACAGUAGAUCAUAACAAAUGUCCUACUCUAUUAAAAGAAUAGUUUUUUUUUUUUUUUCCUUGUUACUUCUCUCAAUAUCAAGGAACACUGUCACUUGAUAUUAUACUUUGUGGAGCUGAGAAUUCCAUUUACAGAUUUGGCCAGGGAUUUUUAUUUUUCCAAAAUAUAGUUUAGGAGAUACGCUUUAGUUCAAAAAAUCAAAAAAGGUAACCCACACUAUACCUCUUGUUGCUCUUAAUUGCCGACAACUUAUUUGGCAUAAACAUAAAUAACAGAGAAAAACACAUUAUGUUGCACAUAAAAGAUAAGAAAUACCUGGGUAAAGCAAAGAUCAGGGACGACAUGCAAGGAGAUAAAAAAAAAAAAAAGAUCAGUAGAAAUCACCACAUUUAACUUUAAAACCAAAUUAUCAGCGUAAGGAGGAUGUGUACAAGUGACGCAUUAGAAAUUAAAUUUAAACUCCUUUUUAUAAUGCCACCAUAAGGCUUAUCCCUAUGAUUCUGUACAGGUUAAGAAAAGAAAAAAGCCAUAGAAACUCAGUUUGGUUUAAGCAAUACAGCAGACUGCAGACCUAAGCAAUGUCUGCAACCCGACAAGAUGUCUGGCAGCCGAAAUUUAAAAAUUUUAAAAAUAAAGUCAACACAGGUUUUGAAAUACAAUAUUUAAACCGCUUGCUAUAUCCUACUACUUUACAUUGCUCAGCGACAAUUCUAAAUAAAAAUACUUGUUUUAAGUGUUCUUUUUUCCUCUCAUUGCUACGCUUGUGUUAGCUAUAAAAAGCAUUUGCUGCUAACAUGCACAAAUACCUGUAGAACACACAUGUGCCAAAAACUAUUUAAAAAAUGGAUUUUGCCCAUUUGAAAAGUAUAGAUUUGUAGUUGUUCUCAGGUAUAGUAUAAUGAAAUAGAAUGCUCCCCAGAGCGUUUUGCUUGCUGAUUUCAGUUCUAUAUUAAAGGAAACAGUGUUCAUGACACAUGCACACGCAAAGACACACAGAAGUGCAGCUUGGUGAUCAAAACAACCAACUAGAAAAUACUGAUGAGAAAUAACAACCUACAUUAAAAGCAUCAUCCAAGUUAGGCUACACUGAAAAUAUGUAUUUAAUGUUAUAAAAUUAUACAGGCUUCAGUGGACAUCGUAGGUGUGCCCAGUUUCUUUGAUUAGCUUGUAAAGUUUAAUGCACUGCCCGUCCGUAUUAAAAGUCCUACAGCCACGGAGGUAUUAGAAUAAUACGACUAUAGCUUAAUAAAGGUAACAGAUAAGACUACCACAGUGAUCUUCACACCCGAACAAAGGCUGGUUCAUACUUCAGUCUUGCAACUAGAUGUUGGUGCAGUGCAACCAGCUACAAUUCAACCAUGGUGAUCACUGUCUCUCGGGCGAGCAGAGACAGGUCACAUGAUUAGUGAGACGAGUAAUCUCCCUUAGCUACGGUUGCGUGAUCAUGGUAUGAACUAGCCUGAAUUGGAUGAAUCUUGGAGGUUUUGGUGUUAUAAAUUGAGCAAUAGUAAUAGCUGCAAUUGCUUGCUUAAAUAUUUUUCCCAAUGGAACUCAAUGCCUGAAUUCUGUCAAAACUGACAUGCUGUACCACGCGGCGGCUGUAUGACUAAUGGGGAGAAUUUGAUCCACCUGUACUCCACAAGGAUAAACCACAGCUAAAUUUUAUUACAGCGCAUUUUUACAGCACUGAGGGAGUUGGCACCUGUUUUUAGUGGCAAUUCUAAGAUCUCUAUGUAGGAGUUCAUUUGUGCCGUAUUGCACUGGAUCCCAGAUCCAGUACAUUUUCGUCUGACAGGUGAGAACUGUACAGUUUGCAAAUCAUGAACCGUAUGAACCAGCAAAAACCUAGCACUUGUUGCAUCUGUUCGUCAGAUUAGCCACUGGUAUUGUUCAAACGUGCAGAUUUUGUUGACCUGCAGCUACCAACACCAACAAUAAGGCUGAUACAAUCCAGGAGGAUCCAGUGUUGUAAAAUGGUGAUCAAAUGGCCUCUGAAUAGCGGGCAGGCAGGUGCUCCGGUCAAACUCUGGUCCAUGCGUUAAAGAUGCUUCAGGUGAUGCUGUAUAGCAAACCAACUCAGAAGUUUUGCUACAGUCUAAUUUACAACAGACAUCAGAAUAUACUGAUGAUUUUUCAGUCACACAGCAAAGUUUAUUCCACUAUUUAGCAUAGUAGCGCACAGGUACAGUUUAUUGAAGUGUUCCAAGUUGAUACAUUGUGUUUGGCUGCACUUAAAUGUAUUGGUAUGCAAAAUGCUAUAGUGUAAUGUACUGCUCUGAAUGUUCUCCCUGACCAUGACUGUAACAGUUUUUUCAGCUCAAAUUCUAUUUGUACUCAUUCUGCAGUUAUCUUCCUCUUUGUAUGUAAGUUUCAUGGCCUCUCACCAUUAGAAAUGUAGAAUAUUGUUUUAUAUUAAUUUGAGAACUGUACACUACUUUAAAUUAUUCAUUUGCACAUUAGAUGCUGAUGUAAAUAAUGAAAAAAAGAAUAGUUUAUUGUUUAAACAAAACAGAGAGGUGUUUGUGUGUUCUGUUUGUGGACUAGAGAAUGUGAUGUGUUGGGAAUUUACAAGCCAAGGUUAAAUUGUAAUAUAGAAAUUAUUUUUAUAUUAUUUUCACAAAAUACCGCAAAGCAAUAUUUUGUGCUUUUUAUUAUGGACACAGUUGUCACUUUGGUAGGUUGUUUUACUGCAGAACUGUUAGAAGAAAAUAAUAUUAAGAAAAAUAAGAGCUUUGUAAAGAAGUGUUUUAGGUUAUGAAUAUUUAGCUUUUGGUAGAUUGAGACGUGUAAUAAUUAAUAUACAUGAGGUUGCUUUAUUUUUAUUGUUUAUUCUCUAUGUAUUACUUUAUACUUUAACAAGCUGUCAUUAUAUACAUACAGGGAUGGGCAUGAAUUUUUUUUUUAUUUAUUUAUUUUUAAACACCUUAUUAUAUGCAGCUAUUAAAACUGGCACCAACUUGUCUGAUCACAUGUAAAUAACCAUGGGAAAUGCGUAUACAAAAUUACUAAAUGCAGACUGGCACUUUCUACUACAUUUACAGUGCUACAGUGUGACUUGGUAGCUGAAUACACACUACUAGCAAUCCUCUAUUCAAAAUUUGAACAGAGUGACCAAAUUCAGAUCUGACAACUAUGCAGGUCUUGUUUUAAAUAAAAAAAAAAAAAAAAUACCUCUGAACUCUUUUAAAUUGAUCCUAGUGUCACAUACUGUGGUCUCUGGGUCUUCCACUUGUAAUAAUACUCACUUAGCAGGCUAGCAGUAAUCAACUAGCAUCAUAUUAUUGCACUAUGCUUGUGUAUAAAAUUAGUAUGUUACUGUUUUGUUUUGCAAACAGAUAACUGGUGACAAGUGACCAAUGUAGUCUAUUAGAAGUGCAUUCUGCAUUAUGCUGAACCCACGAGAUACAGCCCUCUGUUUAAGAGCAAAGCACUGCAACAAGACCUCUGCGCCUCUACAGAACUAUUCAUGUGUUAUUCAAUCGUACCUUUCAAAGGGUUUUGCUAAGGGGAACAGGGAGCCUAACCCUACAUAUUUGCUAUUCAUCCCCUAUAUUAAAAGCUAGUGUUCCCUACCAAAGACUUCAGUAGGUGAAGUGGUGCACAGGACUAACGUAAGAAAUCCACUGAAAAAAAAACAAACAAAACAAAAAAAAAACAGCCAUUACAACAAUUGCAAAUUGAAAUAGGUUAUAACCAGUCUUGUCAAGAACAACAACAACAACAAAAGCCUGUUGAUUUACUAUUAUACUGCCAUGUUUGUCAGACAAAACCUUACAAAAGGAGACAAAAAAUAAAGAAAUAAAAUCUUCCCCUUGUAAAGCCUUCAGUUUGUGUUGUGGAAUUUGUUUGACUCCUCAGUAAAGCCAUGUGUGUAAAAGGUUAAAUGAAUGCAACAUUUCCAUCUGUACCAUGGAACCAGGUCUGUCUCAUCUGAUCAUGUUUCAGGCUGGGGCUGCACGGCAUUAUACA